AAAAAUCCAAGGCAAAAAAAAAUAGGUUCAAAACAAGGUGGAGGCGGUUGAAGGAGAAAAAAAAAACAAAAACAAAGGUUUUUAUUCGCGCCACAAGUCCAGCAAGGAAAAACAAGGUACCUGCUGCGUUCAGUUGCAUGGCUAAUCUCAUGUGCCAAAAGACCUCCGCUAGUUAUAAUAAAUAGAUGUGAUAACUUGAGUGUUGGACCGUCUUCAGCCGUGCACUUUUACUCGACAGUGACUUGAGAUUCCUGCGAAGCAAUUGGGCUUCAACUCCGCACCGAGGAGGCGGAGUCUUAACUUAUUAAAAGGAACUUGCCGAGGCUCGGACGCCCGCAAAUAUGAUGAUGAUGUCUCUGAACAGCAAGCAGCCUUUCGCCAUGGCCCACACCAGCUUGCCCGAACCCAAGUACUCGUUGCACUCCUCCUCGUCCUCCACCUUGACUUCCAAUGCACCCUCGUCCUCGUGCUCGUCCUCCCGACACAGCAGCACCAUCAUCAGCAGCAGCGGCAGCAGCAGCUCGGAGGCGAUGCGCAGAGCCUGUCUCCCAACCCCACCGAGCAAUAUAUUCGGAGGCUUGGAUGAGAGUUUGUUGGCCCGGGCUGAAGCUCUCGCGGCGGUGGAUAUAGUCUCGCAGACCAAGAGCCACCACCACCCUCCACAUCACAGCCCCUUCAAGCCGGACGCCACAUACCACACCAUGAACACUCUGCCCUGCACCUCGUCUUCCUCCUCCUCAUCCUCGGUGCCUAUUUCUCAUCCUUCCGCCCUGGCUGGCCACCACCAUCACCACCACCAUCAUCACCACCACCAGCCCCACCAGGCGCUGGAGGGGGACCUGCUGGACCACAUCACCCCUGGACUGGCGCUAGGAGCCAUGGCGGGGCCGGAUGGCUCGGUGGUUUCCACGCCUGCGCACCCUGCCCACAUGGCGGGCAUGAACCACAUGCACCAGGCGGCUAUCAACAUGGCUCAUGCCCACGGGCUACCACCGCACAUGGGCAUGAGCGACGUGGACGCCGAUCCCAGGGACUUGGAAGCGUUCGCGGAGCGAUUUAAACAGAGACGAAUCAAACUCGGGGUUACCCAGGCGGAUGUAGGGGCAGCUUUAGCCAGCCUUAAGAUUCCUGGGGUGGGCUCCCUCAGCCAGAGCACCAUCUGCCGAUUCGAGUCCCUCACGCUCUCUCACAAUAACAUGAUCGCUUUGAAGCCCAUCCUGCAAGCGUGGCUGGAGGAAGCGGAGAAAACACACAGGGAGAAACUUAACAAACCCGAGUUGUUCAACGGCGCGGAGAAGAAGCGGAAGCGCACGUCGAUAGCCGCGCCGGAGAAGAGAUCACUGGAGGCCUAUUUCGCCAUCCAACCGCGUCCCUCCUCGGAGAAAAUCGCAGCGAUCGCAGAGAAGCUGGACCUGAAAAAGAACGUGGUGCGGGUCUGGUUUUGCAACCAGCGACAGAAACAGAAACGGAUGAAAUACUCUGCAUGCGUCUAAGAAUCGCUUUAAACCGAGCACCCGCUAGAAAAAGACUUGGGAACUGUUUAGAGACGAUUUGUAUCAUAUUUCCUAUCUCACACCUUUUUUUCAAUCAUCGAUGACUCUGUGCUUUGAACUUCCUCAAAUUGAACUAAUGACUGACGAAAAAAAUGCGCCCACAGUCACGUCUUUUACUCGCUGAGAGAGGAGACGUGGAGUCAAGUUGAAGCAUCGUUUGAAGAGCAAGUAAGAACACAGUUUCCACACUUACUCUGCUUCACCUUUUUAAUGACUUACAGGACUCUGCUUUAAUUUUUACUUACUAUUAAUUUCAAAUGAGGACUAUUUUAGCUCGCGUAGGCAGAAACACCCCCCAAUGAAGAUAGUUCUCUCCACACAGCGGGGCUAGGUGAACUCAAAGCACUUGGUUUGGUGACUCUUGGUGUUUAUUUUUGGCUUAUAGGAUAAGCUACGAUUUUCCCUCUGAGUUGGUGACGAUGCAGUCUGAAAUUUAUUCAGGGUCCACGAGGGGGAUUAAAGGGACAACACACAAGCUAAUAUUAGAUUACUGCCAAAUAGCCCUGUGUAAAUGAAUUAUUUACUUGUCACACACUUCAUUUUGUGUCUAAAUGUGUAAUUAAUUCCACUUAUUUUGUGUAAACAAAGUCAGGGAUCUGUUUUGAAGAUACCCUGCUUGGGCUAUUGUUUGUUUUUAUGAUGAUGCUUCUAAGGCCUCAGUGUGUGGAGAUGAAGACGUCACUUGUAAGGUUUUCACGGAUUUUGAGAAUGAAAAAAAUAUGAUUUCUCUCACCGGCUGCAAUAAGUUUACACUCCAGCGUGGGCCGGUGUCUUAUGAACUAUUUAUUGAGUGAGGUCAUGUUUACUUCAUUAUAUAUUUAUUGGGAUUCCCCCUCCCUCCUCGUUUCGCCUGAGAAAAUCAAAUUCUGACAGCAAGUGUUGUUCUGCUUUUAAAGGGAAACAGACUGUGAAAUUUUACAGUCACUAAUUUUUCAUUUCUAACAUUUGAGAUGGUACAAUCGAGAUAUAUAUGAGAUAGUAUUCUCUUUUUUAAAUUAUUUUAUGUAUGUUCUUUUCUGCUAUUUAUUUGUAUAAAUAUACGCGCAUCAUUACGAAGUCGUUGCUUGUUAAAAAAAAUCACCUUGUUUAAGUAAAAUGUUUUUUCUUGAAGAGAAAAGAAAACAGCUUCAUGGAAGUAUACGUGUACAAUGUAAAUAUUUCAUUGGAAUCAGUCGAUGCACAUAAAUAUAUCCGUACAGGUUUUUGCUGUAUUGCUGUUUUAGCUGAGGUUACUUCUUUCUGUAAUGUAUGUUGAUUUUGAUUUUUGGUUCCCUGGUUAAAUUAUUCCAUUAAUUUAUGACAUCCAUGUAAUUUUAAUUUAAUUAAUUAUUA